AUGAAGAAGUGGCAGACCAAGGCUGAAGACUGCGACCGUCGUGCUGCAGUACGAGCCAAGGACGUGAAGACCCGCUAUGACACUCGCGCCCACUCACUUUCCAAGCUAACAGUUGGGGCGCAUGUGCGCAUCCAGGAUCCCACCCCCAAGCGUUGGGAUAAGUUUGGCACUGUCAUGGGUAUUGGCAAAUCUCGUGAUUAUCACAUCAGGCUUCCAAGUGGCCGUAUACUGUGGCGCAAUCGACGCUUCUUGCGCCCUACACAGCUCAUGAUUGGACACUCAACUGAUUUG